GCCAUCCCUACCCUUUACCAGCAAUAGUACUAUAUUAUAAUGUGUGGCAGGUAUUCGUUAGCUCUACCACUUUCCUUAAUCCAGCAGAUGUUAGAAGACGAUGGCGUUCAGAUUGAAGAUAUAGCAAUGAACGAGGGCAGCGAAGCCCACCAUCAAUCAUAUAACUUCGCUCCGGGAAGUAAUGGCGUUGUGUGUAGAGCUGGCACUUCUAACAGCAGUGUCGAAUUCAGAGAUAAAGGGCACAAUGGUUCUGACAAUAAAAGCCCCAGAGGAGAGGCCUCCAGUCUCGGGAACCGUGAAGUUAUCAAAUACAUUCUCCAGUCAAUGAAGUGGGGAAUUUUGCCUUCGUGGUCGAAGCAGAACGUCGCUCCCACCCGUGGAGUUAUAAACUGCAGAGAUGACUCUCUUAGGACCACGGGUGGUAUGUGGCAAUCAAUCAAAGGCCGCAAACGAUGCAUUGUUGUCGCACAAGGAUUCUUUGAAUGGCUUAAUGUGAGUGGUAAAGAAAAACAUCCAUAUUUUAUAAAACGAAGGGAUGGCCACCUGAUGUGCUUUGCUGGGCUAUGGGACUCCAUUCAGCAUCAAGACGCCGGGAAUAGAAGUUAUACUUAUGCAAUAGUCACGACCGACUCAAACCAACAGCUACGAUUCUUGCAUCAUCGUAUGCCGGUCAUCUUUGAUGCUGGCUCUAAGGAAUUUCACCAAUGGCUUUAUCCAUUACAGCAAAGAUGGACCAACGACCUCCAGUCCUUACUAAAACCAUUCCAAGGAGAGCUAGAUAUUUAUCCGGUUAACAAAAAAGUUGGAAAAGUUGGCUGCAGCUCUCCAUCCUUUAUAAUGCCGUUGUCUCACAAUAGUGACAAGCAUGGCAUCUCUCAGUUCUUUCCUCAAGCUUCCGAAAAAUCAGCCGCAGAAAAUUCAGAAACGCCGGGUGAGAUAAGGAAACGCGAGAGUGACAAUAAUCAGCAUCUUAUUUUCCCCAGUAGCAAGCGAGAUGUACCGGAAAGAGCGGACUCUCCAAGGAAACACAAGGCUGAUAGUAGCUCUUAUCCUCCGCCGAAGAAAAGACGCGUCAAGCCAGCCCCCCAAGGCGUUCAAAGAAUAACUGAUUUUUUUGGUCAAAUGCAGCACGAGAAACGCAACAAAUAGCAGUUGGUUUUCUAGUUUUUGCAAGCUGGCUAUCUGGUGUUACUAACAUAUUUGGCCCUCACUGCUGCUUCCCCUAGUUCUAGCCGUUUUGCUACCCUUUCAGUUUCAACUGCUCUUUUAUAUCGGGGAGGAAGUAAUUUUUGUGAUACCUGAGGAGUUUUGUUUGAGAUAUGGGCGCGGAGCCACAGCCCCCUGUAAACGUGUCGAAUAUACGGUCAAACAUGGGCAGAAAGAACCUCAUUGUUGUGUUAUACACAGACGCCUUAUUCAUCCGUAUCGAUUUAGCCAAAGUUGGCUAGUUAGCAUAUAGUUACAGAUGGAGUACAUUCUUUGCCAUCCCAGUUUGACCAUUAGUUGUUUCAUGAUCUUGGGCAAUCAUUCUUCGCAACAGGUG